ACCGUAUCUGUUUUUAAAGCAAUAAUAAAAACUGAAAUCCGUAAUGUUUUGACGUUUAUGUUUACGAUCUACGAUUUACGGUCAUUUUCUUUUAAAUUACUCUUAUUUUUUCAUUCUUUUUAUAAUUAUUAAUUAUUUUUUUCUAUUAUGAUCGAUCCAGGAAGAAAAUAUAAUGAAUUUUCUUUGCCUAUGGCUGAUGACAAUACACCAAAAAUACAUGAUCUCAUUGCGAAUGGUAAAGAGACUUUAAAAACCUUAAAAGUUUAUGUUCCUACUAUUGAAUAUAACAGCGCAAUGACAUUUGAACAAAACUUAGAGGAAGGUAAAAUCAAACUUAUGAGCGAAUUGCCUGUUAGUGAUAUUAACUCAAAAAAUGACCCAAUUCAAGAAUGCAUGACCUCCUCGAAAAUGCAUCAAGAUUUUUCUCAAUUCAUCCAUAGCAGCAAUCAAAAUAUUUCAGACUUUGAUGCCCUCGUAAAUCCCAAUCUUCAAAGAAUCAAAACAGAGCAACAGUCUAGUUCCACGAAUUAUUUUGAUACUGAUAAUCUUAGUGAUACUUCUCAAGAUGACGAUAAGCAGCAUGUAUGCGAUGUCUGUGAUCAGAAAUUUAAUCGGCGACGUGAUCUUGCUCUACAUUAUUUAACCCACAGUGAAAAGGAAAAGAAGCGUGUCACCACGAAAUGCGACCUGUGCAAAAAAAUUUUAAAACAGUGCAAGUGCAAGAAAAGAGGGAAAAAAAGUCCAAUUACCAAUAACUUCGUUCAGUCGGAUUGUAUUUCUCUAUCUCGACCUCUAAAUGCGAAUACUGUAUUUAUAAAAGCUGAAUCUGUGUCUGGAAAAAGCGAUGUCAUUAAAAGAGAAUUAUUCCACUGUUCUGAAUGUACUCAAGUAUUCGGACUACUUUCUCAAAUGAAACAGCACCUCCUUGCACAUAAGAGGGAAAAAGCCCGUAAAGAAAUGGAAGGAAAAUCUCUUACUUGUAACUUCUGUAACAAAAAAUGUAUGAGUAAAAGUGAACUGUUAUAUCAUAAAUCAACUGUUCAUCCUAGUAAUUCAGAUGUGGUAAGUAAUCAAAUUUAUGCAAUUGAUUCUGAGACCUUUUCGUGUACUGACCUGCAACCCCAAGUUUGCAGUUCUUGCCGAACCGUUUUUAAUGACAUGAACGGUCUCCAAAAACAUUUUAAGCGUCUCGGUUGGGUUUGCGGAAUCUGCAGUACUUAUUUUUGUCUUAAAAGUGAUUUCAAUGCUCAUUGUUUGACACAUUUAGAUAGUGUGUCUUUUGAUAGCAAAAACGAUGAAAUACCAACAACGGAAAGUUUGCUUAAUCCGGCGACUGAAAACAGUGAGACUGGCGUUUUAUCGUGUAAGAAAUGUCCUAAAAAAUUUAAAUUUGUCUGGAUGUUGAACCAACACAAACUUAAACAUACUUUGAGAAAGAAUAAAUUCUGCUUUAGGUGUAAGAGAAAUUUUAAACAUAAAAGGAAUGCUUGUAUUCAUUUCUUCAGCCAUGGAAAUAGUAAGAAGUACGAAUGUGGUGAAUGUGACAAGAUAUUUUAUGAGGAGAAGUGUUUACAAGUUCAUUUGUUUAGAGUUCAUUGAUGUUUUACUGAGGAUAAGCUUAAAUUGUGUGACUGUGACUACUUUUUCAUGGUUUCAGUUUGAGGUGGAAGGUAGAAAUCCUAUAUCCGAAGAAUGGACUAAGUGCCUUUUAUUUACAGAAUUUAUUUUUUUAUUCUAACUAUAUACCUCCUUUUGAAAGACACUAUAUUAAUUUAUAAAAAGUAGUUUGCAUGUUUCAAGAAGUGUAAUCAAAAUAAUAAAAUAUAAUAUGUUUGCUUA